GUCCCAUUUUCCGAGGUAGCGAUUCGCAGUAGUUGUCACUUCUCAAUACGAAAGGAAAGAAAUAUUUGAAAGAGCCCUUUUUGAACGGAAUUACUGAAAUCAUCGUUCAGAAAUGAAAUUGAUUGGAGUCACGUGGCGGACGGAAAUGAUGUCACAAGCUUUGGCUGUUUAUGACGAGCUCAAUGACAGAUGACAUCACAAGGGUUGUUCCGGCGAUGAUGAGCUCAUCCUCCUCAUUGACGCCGCAAGUGCUCAGUUCGAGAACCGAACUCAACUCGCAGGCACGAGUAUCUGUUGAGUCUUUGUUCGAUCGAUCCGUAGAUGAACUCUCGAGCUGAAAGACGUCUGCGUGGCUUCUCGGUCAUCCGCGAAGAUUGAGUCCAGGCAACGGGCCGACACCGUUAUCCGAAAACCUCUUCCAGUUCUACGUUUCCGGCGCGGUCCACGACAGGCUCUCGCUACCGGUGCCAGAUGUUGCUUACGAAACUACCACCCUGCACGCUAAUCGGUGGGCCCAGGCCACCCGGCUAGCCGAAAGCUCACGUAGCAAGUUCAAAUCCGCUCGCGUCGACUCGGGUAGUUUGGAGAAACCGUCGGGGUCCCCGCGGUCCGCCGAGGAGCUUUCGUCCGAGUCUUUGUGGACCGGAACGCUCCAGCUGACUGGCAGAUUUGGUCAUUUGCCGUUCCCCACGAUGGCCUCCGUUUCACAGCGCCAACCGGAUAAAAAUGCCACGUACGUGUUCUCCAGCCGCCCCAGGCCCGUCGAGGGCCGGUCCAAGUUCAACGGAUCCCCCACGGAAAAUCCCCAGUACGGAAACAUCAUGUACGAUCGACGAGUCAUCAGGGGAAAUGUUCACGGCCAGCACGUGUCGCCGGCAAAGUCCAUUCAACAGCAGCACGGAUUCCGGAGGAGGUCGGUGGACUUCGUCAGGUCCAGGGACCACGUGCGGUUCAAGACUCACGACAACCUGCCGGGUCGAAAACACGUCGACGUGCAGACCGAGUCCUUCCUGGAGGAGCUGAGUAACAUCCUGGUGACCAAAGACAUCGACUCCCAAACGGAUCGUUUCCUGGACAGGCCGGCUACGCCGCUGUUCAUCCCGGCCAAGUCGGGCGAAGACGUGGCGACCCAGAUCGAAGAGGGCGAGUUGUUCGACUUUGACAGGGAGGUGCAGCCCGUGCUGGAGGUCCUGGUGGGCAAGACGAUCGAGCAGUCGCUCUUGGAGGUGAUGGAGGAGGAGGAACUGGCCCGCCUGAGGGCCCAGCAGAGGGCCUUCGAGCAGCUGCGAAAUGCCGAGCUGGCCGAGGUCCAGCGACUGCAGGAGCAGGAGCGGCGGCGCAACGAGGAAAAGGAGUGCCGGAUCGCCCAGCAGAGGGAGGCCGUCAGGAAAGAGAAAGAAACGGCCGAGAUGAUCGCCGCCCAGGCCUGCGCCCAGCAGUUUUUGUCCAAACUCUUCCCCGCCGUCUUCUCCUCGCUGAGGAGGCACGGCUACUUCUACGACCCCGUGGAGAGGGACAUCGAGAUCAAUUUCUUCCAGUGGCUGAUGGCCGAGGUGAGCAACACCCUGGAGAAGAGGAACUCCGCCAGGCUGCUGCUGGACGCCAUCAUCCACGACAUCGCCCUGGAGAGGCGGGACUUCUUCAAGGAUCUGGAGUCGCAGCUGCUCAAAUCGGACAAAUAGAGGAAGCUGCGACCGACUGGCGCCGUGACUUUGAUUGGACCGUCUUCUCGACCGGUCGGUGACUUGACUCGGGAGUUUUCCGAGGUCCGACGUUGAUUUUUCACAUGCUGUUCUGGUUCCAGGGGGCGGCGAAUCCAACUCGGCUAGCCGCUAGCCCCGCUUUGACAAAUGUUUUUGCAACCGGAACCUUUUAGCCUGCUUGUCGAACGCUAAUUAGCGUUCCAUGUUGUCGUUGUUAAGCAAAACAAGAUCAAAUGUGAAUUUACGCCUGAGGCCAGAAGUUGACAUCCAUUUCAUUUUUCUCUUGCGCUGUGUGAGGUCAAAUCAGACGAAAGGUCGGUCAGGACCACCAAAAUGUUUUCAUUUCGUUCCGAUUUCACAAUCACUUGAGGGAGGAUUUUACAUUUUCUUCUUGUGGGGGGGGGGGGGGUCAAUUUCCCGAGUAUGAAGUUGCAUUUCCUUUGACGCGCGUGACUCGGGUCAAAGGUUUCGGGUCACGGUCCACAAGCUUCUGCUGGAAUCGUGGUCCAGUCCUCCUGACGCAACUGCUGGAACUGAGUCAGCGGUCGCCUUGGAACGACGUGGCGCAAGAUGGCGCUGUGGCGACCUCGUACGCUAGAAGCCGGAAGGAAAAGAAGAAGAAGAAGAUCGGCAUUUGAGCCGUCCCUAUUGGCUGCUUUGUCGCUUCAAGCCCUGAUUGGUUGGAUUCUGUUUGAAUUCUGCUGUCGUCAUCCCGCCAACGGCACCUCUGGACAAUUAAUACAAAAUCAAAUAAUGGGAAUAAAACUAAGUUUGACAAAUGGUUAUGUUGUCUCUAGUAGCUACGCAAUCUAUCCAUCCGUCUUGUUAUCCAGGCUGCUUGUCCUCACAAGCAGCCUAUCCUAGCUAAAGGCGAACCACACGCUGGACCGGUCGCCAGUCAGUUGCGGGGCAAUGCUAACGCUAAAGUCCUUGUUGC